AUGGCAGCAGCACUCACCAUCACACAAGCAGAACUUAAGGCGAUUAUGCGAGAAGCAAUGCAAGCGGCAUUGUCUCAAGUUAAUCCAGCAACAGCCCCUACUUUUAGCGUCGUCCCAGGAGGAGGAGAUCAGACCAAAACAUGGGACCUCACAUCCGACAAAGGAAUGAAAUAUUUUGCACAAGCAACUAAAGCGCCAGAUACCCUUUUCGAUGGUACAAUCAAAAAGCUACACCACUUCCUAGGGCUCGUUAAGAAGCGAGCGACGACCUACGGCAUGAUGUCCGUAAUUGGAAGCAUCGGCAUCGGAGGCAACAAAACGAGAUCCAUUCUCACUGAGUACGGAUCGAUAACUCAAGAGCAAAUGAAAGCUCAUGCUGAGAUUUAUCAGAAGGAAGAUAAUAGAAAGCGGCAAGCAGCCAAGAUGUUGGAAACACUCAUUGCCAACAGCAUCGAACAAGAUGUAUUCGACGAGCUGGAGCAACGAGAAGACAAAUACACGGUGAAAGUAACUCCGGAUGGGAUGACUGCGCAAGUCAGCAGGCAAGACAGGCCAAUGAUGUUGUAUCAGCUGGUUUGCAUGGUUUGUGUCGACACCCUAGCAACGGUAUCCACCAUCAUGGAGCUACUCUCAGUCGCAAGACUAGUUCAAGCGAUGACAGACGCUGAUUCAUACAUUAAAAUAUUUAAUAGGAAAGUGAACUCCCUUAUCAUAUCUUUAAGGGCAAGGCAAGAGGCGAUUCCGAGUCUCAUCGCCCCACUGUUCAAGGCUUAUCAGUCAUGUGAAGACAAGGCAUUUGCGCACUAUUUUAAAAGGAAGCAAGAACAGUAUGAGGAUAGAUCGCUUACGGAGCCAUUAGAACACACAGCAUUGAUUCGAAUGGCAGGCGAACGAUACAAGAUUAUAGUAGACAAGAAGGAAUGGAAGAUGAAGUCCGAAGACGAACUCAAGUUCAUUGCACUGAAGGCCACUGUAGACCAACAGAACAAGCAACUCACUCAAAAACUGAUGCAAAGAGCGAGACAGCACCAGCAAAAGGAGAGACAAGGACCCAACAACGUCGGAGAAUGGGCUUGGAAGUCAGUCGCCCCAAAGGAAGGGGAACCACAAGAGAAGAAGUUCCGCAACAAGCAAUACAUCUACUGCCCGCAUCAUGGCGAUACAAAGUGGGUAUUGAAAGUGAACAGGCAAGGAGUAGUCCAUGCGACUAACUGCAGGGCAAGGCUCAAGGGCGAUACAACGACGUUGCUUACGGCGGCCACCGAGGAUGAAAGCGAUUCGCACUCAAGCGACGCGGGUACCCCGUCAAAACGAGGCAUCAGGAUUGCACAGGCACUCACAUCAGUUCUGGAAGAGGAACUAUCCGGCAUUACUGAGGAUGAGAACCUAUUGACUCCCGGUCAAAAGUGA